GCGGGGCGCGUCAGCGGCGGGGCGGCGGAGCGCGGGGCGGCGGGAGCUGCCAUUGGCCCGCCUGUCAUGUGGUCGCGCGGAGGCAUCCGCAAUUACACGGGAAUGUUUUCCUAGAGAUGUCAGCCUACAAAGGACACAAUCUCUCUUCCUCAAAUUCCGCCCCAAAAUGUCCUUUCCCAACAGCUCUCCUGCCGCUAAUACUUUUUUAGUAGAUUCUCUCAUCAGUGCGUGCAGGAGUGACAGUUUCUACUCCAACAGCGCCAGCAUGUAUAUGCCACCUAGCACAGACAUUGGGACGUAUGGGAUGCAAACCUGUGGACUCCUUCCGUCUCUGGCUAAGAGAGAAGUUAAUCACCAAAAUAUGGGUAUGAAUGUACAUCCUUAUAUACCUCAAGUAGACACUUGGACAGACCCGAACAGAUCUUGUCGAAUAGAGCAACCUGUUACACAGCAGGUCCCCACUUGUUCCUUCACUACAAAUAUUAAAGAAGAAAGCAAUUGCUGCAUGUAUUCCGAUAAGAGAUCCAAACUCAUUUCUGCAGACGUCCCUUCCUACCAGAGGCUGGUGUCUGAAUCAUGCCCCAUUGAGAACCCCGAGGUUCCUGUCCCAGGAUAUUUUAGACUGAGCCAGACCUACGCCACUGGGAAAACCCAAGAGUACAAUAAUAGCCCUGAAACGAGUUCAACUGUAAUGUUACAGUUAAACCCUCGCGGCAGCUCCAAACCGCAGAUAUCUGCUCAACUUCAGCUGGAAAAGAAAAUGAAUGAAAACCCGAACAACCAAGACAGCACCGCUAAAGUCUCUCAAGUGGAAAGUCCCGAGCCCAAGUCCACGUUGCAAGAGGAGCGGAGCUGUCUGCCCGAAGGCUCCGUGUCCAGCCCAGAAGUCCAGGAGAAGGAGAGUAAAGAGGAAAUCAAGUCUGAUACUCCAACAAGCAAUUGGCUAACUGCAAAGAGUGGCAGAAAGAAGAGGUGUCCUUAUACUAAACACCAAACACUGGAAUUAGAGAAAGAGUUCUUAUUCAAUAUGUAUCUCACUCGAGAGCGCCGUCUAGAGAUCAGUAAGAGCGUAAACCUCACUGACAGGCAGGUCAAGAUUUGGUUUCAAAACCGCAGAAUGAAGCUCAAGAAGAUGAGCAGGGAGAACCGAAUCCGGGAACUGACCGCUAAUCUGACCUUCUCUUAAACCCUAACCCCGGGGGGGGGCACCAGUGAGGAAUGGGCACAACACCACCACUUGAUAAAGGCAGGAGAGACUCUGGCAAAACCCGGCAUUUUCCAGUUUUGUUUUGUUUUGUUUUGUUUUCUGAUAGAAUGUGACUCUUCGUCCUUCUUUUAGCGCUGCAAGUGAAUAUGUAUUACUAUGAUGAGUAUAUAUAAAACCUAGCACGUGUAAUUUAUUUUUGUUCUCAUCGUAAUGCAGGGUAACUAUUAUUGAAUAUUAUCAUUUGGUCUUAACUUAUUGGAACUGUCGAACAUCCAAGCAAUGUGACUUUUUCAUGUUUUUACUAACAAAAUGGUAUUUAUGUGGGGCUGUUACACGGGCCAUAACAUUUUGAGUACAUUCAAUACUUUCAGAAAAAGAGCGGGGGGAAACUGUGGGGGCGGGGGGAAAGAGAAGCACAUUAUAAUGUAACUAUCCUCUCAAAUGAACUUAGAGAUUGUCCUUCGUAAAAUGGAAUAUCUCCUUCUUCUCCAUUGUAGACAUUUCCUUGUGGUGCAUAUGUGGAAUAGUAGUCGUUCAGCAGCAAAUUGUCCUUCUUGUGCAUGUUCUGUUUGCAUGUAUAAUGCAAUAAACUCUGUAAACUACUGCGGUUCCUUUGGUUUUCUGCAAAUGUUUAAAAGCACGGAUGCAGGUUGGUCUCCUGAUCUUUCUCUAUCAACAACUUUUUGGACUGGUAUAUCUUUUUUACCAUAUUCUGGUCUUUGUGUGUGUCUGCCUGGCAUUCUUUCUUUCUUUUCCUCCAUUUUUUCCCUUUCCUUUUUUUUUUUUUUUUUCCUAAGGGGUGGGGUGGAGACUGGGCCGGGAAAUGAUGUAAAGCUAAUUAAUUUAUAAAUGUCUCUGUAAACAACUGAUUAAUUGAUAAAAUGUUGUGUGAUGCUCGCAGUCUGACAAACUGAAUGAAAAAAAAAAAAAGAAAAAACCCAAACAAACAGAAAAAAAAAAAAAGAAAAAGAAAAAAAGAAAAGAAAAAAGGUAACAGAUAAAAAAUGUUGUAAAAUAUUAUGACCUAAACUGGACAUCCUCAUCCAAUCAACUCGUACAACUCGUAAAUGGUAAGUGAUAAAAAUAUCUUUCUACUACAAGCUGUCAGGAAUAUGUGUGUCGUUUUAUUUGAUGCUCGUAUGUUGAUUUAAAAAAUAUCACUCACUGCGUGCUUUCAAUGUGCAGAUUUUGAUUUCGUGUCUUUGCUCGCUAAAAAAAAAAAAAAAAAAAAAAGGAAAAACCAACAAACCCCCUCCAUAAUAAAUGCAAAGCUGAACAUAACUAAAUGUUAAGGAGCUCGGUUUUCGGUCGGCUCAACAGCUUUCAGAAGACCGUGGAUGGAAAAAAAAUUCCCUCAAAAUAUUCCCAGCAUCUGGCGAGGUUGGUUGUUUUUUGAGCAGAAACCCUCCCAGGCGUGCUUACAAAAGUACACCAGCCUCUUCAGACCCACUUUUGUCACCCUGUACCGUUUCUGUUUGCUCAGAGAUCGUUUUAUUUCGCGCAAUUCCAUUUUAGUAGCAUACAUCCAGCUAAUGACGUUCACGACUCUUAACCCUUUCUGCACAUAGCUGAAAAAUUGUAUUAGCAGGGCUCUGCGCUGGCAGCUGAGGAAGGGCGUGUGUGCUGAGAGCGGAUGAAUGCCCGUGUGAGCAGAUAUACUUAGUAGAACUGCAAAUAGCUUGCAAAUGAACAUGACUUCAAAUUGAAGUGCAAAUACUUGGGCAUACUUUCACCUUCAAACGGGUACUGGAAAAGUAGCGUGGCUACUGUUCUCGCUGGGAAAGCAGCUUGCUCACAAUCAACGCCCAUUUCUCCCCUAAGCUGUUUCUAAAUCAAGAAAUUAAACUCAAGAUAGUGCCAAUAUUGUGCGACUUGGUGACAGAUACUGCUCAUAAUGCUCGCCAUGUUGGUGGCAUUCCGUUUGGUCUUUCGUCGCUGAUAUUUAAUUUAAGCCAGUACUUCCUCGUGUGCACAUUUACUCAUAGGGAAGAGCUUAUAUAUUCCUCAAACUAAGGCAUGAUCAUUUUGAAGCUGCACCUAGGUACUUUGUGCCUGUUCCGCUUUCGAAAACAAACAGCAAAACGAUGCUUAAAAAAAAGACCCAAACAAACAAAACAAAACAAAACAAAAAACCACCAAACCCCCAAACCAACAAAACAACCCCAACUCCUUAAAUAUUGCAUACAUUUGCACGGCCUUUUCUUUUUCUUUACAGAUACUCGCUACACCACCCGAGAAGUUUCGGCAGUGGGGAGCAAAUAGCUGGCUCCAUACCAAGAAUUUAACCUAUGUUUAAAAAGGAGGCUCACCCUAAUCUGCCUGUUUUGCCAAUUUAUAUCUGUUUGAAGUGAGGGUCAAUUCUUCGCCAUGCCACAAACCCUGCUUCUAGAGAACAAUGUCACAGAAAUAAUAAAAUCGCAGAAGAAAAUGCUAAAGUCAAACACCAAAAAUAAAUUUUAAAAAGUAAAAAAACAAAAACAAAGGUAAAGGAAAAAGGGGGGAAAAAGGGAAAAAAAAGGGGGAAAAAAAGGAAGAAAACAACCUAGGAGAGCAAUAAAUCAUUAAAUAAACAGGAAUUUCAGUCCCUUCCUCAUAACGGCCCGCGAGUAGGAAGUGUUUUCCCAGCGCUGCUGUCCGUGCCCCCGGCGGGCUGUGCUGCGGGCUCGCCACUAACUCUCUGCGUUUCCUCCAGAUCCCGACACAGCCACCGUCCCUCGCCCGGGGAAGCAGGCGUGGGCAGACGACCAUGGGUAAUCCACUUUUCAAUACUAACGGGGCAUCGUUACGCUCGGGCAACAAAAACCAGGCCGGGAGGGAAGGGUGGGGAGGGAAGGCAUGGAAAAGAAAGCAAAGCGGACAAAAAAAAAAAAAAAAAAAAUCUCACGUAGGCAUUGAACGUGGCUCCCCCUGAACUAGGGGCGGAGGAGACAGCUCUGCCUGCGAGCCGGGGUCAGCGACAGCCCCGCGCCCUCCGCGGGCCGGAGCCUGCCCGGGGAGCUGCGGGGCCGGGCCAGCUCCUCCGGGUUGCCUUUGCCCGCGUCCCUCCCGGGCCCCGCUUGAGGGGGGCUGUGUUAAGGCUGUGUAGCCCCAAAGUUCCGCGGAUAGAGGAGCAUGUGUUCAGCCACACGUCAGUUGUGCUCGGAGACACAGGCUUUGCUGUU